AUGCGCCAAAAUGAAAAAAGUAUUUUGGCAAAUGAAAAAAACAGUAGAGAAACUUGGUCUGCAAUCAAAGCCAUCUCUGGAUGUGAUACUAAAAAUAAUUACGCUGAAUAUUUGAUCAGUGAAAAUCCUACAGACUCAGUGGAGAGAGCUAAUUACUAUUUUUCAACUUUAGGAAGAAAUUUAGCUGAUAAAAUUCUAGCAAACGGUGCUAAACCUGCUAAUGUUAAUACUAUGCCCUGGUCGCUUAAUUCAUUUGUGCUCGAUUCUCCUGACGAGUCGAUAGAUACCUGCCUUUGCCCUAACAUGACGAAAUCAAAAUCAAUUAAAUAUCUCGGAGUAAUUAUAGACGAGAAACUAAGCUGGCUCCCACACAUAGACCUUAUUUCAUCGUGCACUAGGAUACUUAUUUGGACAUUUAAAAGGCUAAGGCACAUCGCUGACUUUGAUUUAUUAAAAACUGUAUACUACGCCUUAGCACAAUCAAUUAUAGGUUAUUGUAUAGUUGCCUGGGGUGGAGCUAGUGUUGCCAAUUUAGCGACUUUGUCCCUAGAAAUGACGACUUUUGCUUAA